AUGGUCGGAAAGUGCAAAGAAUCAACUGAGAAGUCGACCAACGAGAACACCAAGCGUGUACAGAACCACUGCAACAACAUGACGGAACAAGAACUCAAGGUCAACAAUGCAAAGAGGGCUGAUACAGCAGCUACUGCAUACACUAUCAAGAAAAUCCGGGAGACACAAGCUUUCAAAGCCCUUAGCCCAGUUGAACAACAAGAGAAGGUUCAGUCUAAGAAGGACGAGCCAGGAAAUAGCAUUCAGGAUGGCAACCAUGCUUCUAUCGUUCAACAACACCUUGGGGUUGGAGAAGGUGGAGGAGCGUACGCAGUGUGGGAUGACAACAACCAUGCCUGGGAAACUGAAGAUGAGGACGAUGAAGUUGCCCAGGAAGCUAUGUGGAGAGCUGACGAGUUGGCCAAUGGUAUUGGGAUUAAAGAGAUUGAGAAGGUCCAACUGGAAGUGGAGACCCAGACUGAAGCCUCAACUAAGAGAGUGGAGCAGCUUGCCUUCACCAUUUGGCGCCGCAAAUGGUCGACGGCAUACAAGUCAACUCUGAAGCUCAUGAACAAAGUCAAUACGGAUCCCGACUUCCUCAAGAACCUUCCCCCAGCAAUUGAUGAGGAGACUAAUCUACUACGAGAAGAUCCCUCCUCACCUAUAUUUCACGAAGCUUCAAUUAGCUGUCUGGAGGAACUUCGCGUCAUGGAAUUUUUUAAGGAUUGGCAGGUUUCUCUUCCCGGACCUGCUGAUUGGUACCCUGAUGGGUACGACACUACUCAGCAUGGAUUUCAAUUGGAUGAAGAUGCUACUGGUGCAUUUAAGGCUUGGGAGAUGCUGAGGGAGAAGGAUGAGCUGGUGGAUUUCAAAUGGGUCUUGCCAUCUGACGAGAAGUUGGCUACGUUACCUCCUACUAAGGAAUCAGAAGAGCUUCUUGCCAAAUUCUACAAUAUGUAG